AUGACUAAAUCACCGCGCGGGCCUUCACUCCCUCAGGCCCGCUCCUACCACCACAAUCAUGACCAUCUGCACAACAAACGCGCCGCCACUCCCGAGAAUGCUCAUCAUCAGCAUCGACAACUCGACGUUACCGCCCCCACCCCCGCCGACGCCCAACCCUCCACUACUCAGGGCCCAAAAACAGUCGUCGAGACCGUCUCCGUCAUCGAAAUAGUAGAUGCCUCUGGGCACCCCGUCGAAUUGCAAACUCUUGUACCAACGUCCGUCACCGUGGAUGCCAUCAGUGCCGCCCUUAACCCAGCUUCGGCGGAGCUUUCUCCAUCGUCCAUCGGCGACUCGGCCUCCCAGUCUCCCAGCAUCUCGAGUGACGCAACUCUGUCGACACCAGCCGCGACGACGCCUUCAUCGACGAGCUCUUCCGCAAGUCAGGGCACUUCCCUGACGUCCGAUCCUUUGUCCACUACACCAGCACCCUCGGCGCUGGCCUCGUCACUCCACUCAUCCUUGAGUGGCCAGUCGAACUCGACGAUUUCAUUCCUUACCUCAACAAACUCCUCUUCAACGUCAGUCUCUACCACAACCACUUUAUCGAGCCAUCUUUCCUCUGGCACAACCAGCGUAACAUCUUCAAUACUUUCAUCCUUCUCUUCAACAUGGGACUCAGCUUCGGACUCGAUAUGGACGUCGAGCGGAUUGAGCACCACUUCCACCCUUGCCACAAGUGCUUCGUCGACGUUGGAUGCGACCGCCACGGGAACCGGAGCUGCUGGCAUUAUUGGCGGUGGAGGAGCCGCCCAACCGACGUCGCCACCUACCUCGUCAGGUGACUCCGGCAGCGACAGCGAGACUAUGCCGACCGCAACCGUUGUAGGCAGCGUCGUUGGCAGCGUAGCCGGCGCGGCUUUUCUUGUGGUGUUGGUAUUCCUUGCCCUUCGCUGGAAAAAGAGCUCAGGCACACGUCUCCGUCUGAGCGAGAGCAGUAUGGGCAAGCGCGGUAUCCUCACCGGCUCCGGCGGUCCGGAAGGUGGCGGCGGCGGCGGCGGCGGCGGCGGAAUGAUCCAGCGGUCCCUAUCGUAUGGCCGCAGUGCCGCUGCAGUUGGAUUUGGCGCGGCAGCCGCAGCUAGGAAGCACUCGAGACGGGCCAGCGAACCCUCCGAAACCGGUGAACGGGGUUUCGUCCGCGUGUCUGGCAGGAAACUGCCCUCGGUACUGCAAUCCGGCGGUGACGGUUACACGGACCCCCGCGAGGGUAUUGCGGGUGUCGCACCUUUCGGCGGUGCCGCAAACGAUGACGAAUCGGUCUACUACCGCGACUCGCAAGCCUUCUUCGACCCCGGCGGUCCCGGCGCACAAUCCCCGCGCCUCGCACUCGGCUCGCCCAUGAGACCGGUGAGCGGCGUUGUGGUCUUCAAGGAGUCUCCGGCCCGGACACCGGUGACGGAGUCGGCCCCAUUUGGGGAUCCCAACGCCUCAUUAUCCCCGUCUCCGCCUCCGGCGCGGGACCCCAUUGGCCGGACUAUGCCGUCUCAGGACGGUUCUAGAGAUUCUCGGGGCUCCGCCUCGAAGUUUCAAGAACAAAUGUGA